AUGGCAAAAAAAAACACGCCGACGCCAAAAAAAACGGCCGUGGAGCCCGCAUCCAAGGGAAAGGGCAAGGGCAAAAAGUCUCCGGACCCUGAACCGCUUCCCGGGCCGCCAAAACCCACUGCCCGCCAGAUUGUGGCCAAUUCGUCCUGGACCGGAAAAUUACCGGCCACUCUGCUCCACGAACAUGUUCAGAAGUUGAAAUGGGAGCGGGUCGACUAUGACAUGCGACGGGUCAAGACUGGGUUCAUCGCCACCGUGAUUCUUAAACAGAAGAACCCCAAGACCCAGGAAGUGGAGGAGAUCAGAUACAUGCCUCCUGCGGAUCUGGUCCAGGGCAAAGACACGGCCCUGGAAGCCCGCCAUCUAGCUGCCACAUACGCGCUGCAUCGCAUCUCGAGUCACAAAAACCUGUCCAUGGUUCUCCCCACGGAUCAUAAGACUCUCUGGCAGAAAUGUGACAAGAAAAAGAGUGAAGAUAUCAAGUCUGGACAGGCCACUGCCGACGACUACGUUCCCGAUCCAUUUAUUGUGAAACGAAAGCGAGAGACCGAGCGUGCUGACCGCGAAAAGAAGCGCCAGAUUGAAAGGGAACGGGCAGAAAAAAGUAAGGUGGAGGUGAAGGUUGCGAUCGAGUCGAGUGGAAAGACGACGGCGAACGGCGACCCCAAGAAGUCACGUGAGUCACCUGAUCCGUCUAGGAAGCCCGGUCCCCGUCCCCGAGAGCUUUUCCCUCCCAAAUCAUGGGACUACGCGCCCAAGGCCGAAAUGUCUCAGGAGCUGCGAAACCUGGUGGAAAGCGUCAUCAAGAAGAAGGUCACGUGGGAGAAGAAUGAAGCCGAUGAUUCGACCACGGCGGCAAAUGACAAACUGAUUGCCGAAAUCACUAACCUGGGAUUCCGCAAGUCCCACGUAACCGAGGCUCUUCAGUACGCUUCUCCGGAGGCUACGGAGCUGCUCGAAUGGCUUCUACUACAUGUUCCUGAGGACGAUUUGCCCGGCAAGUUUCUGCCCGACAAGUACACUACGGGAGUGUCGUUCCACACGCUGGAGCUGUCACGUGAGUACAUGGUCAAGCGUUUCCAGGAAGACGGAUACAACAGAGAUGUGGCCAUUGAUGUACUGGAGCGAGUUGACUGGAGCGAGCGGUUGGGUAAUGUGGAGUUGUGCAAGAGGUUAAUUGGUGAACCUGCCUCCGAUUCCCCGUCUUGUCGGGUCAGUGAGAUGACCAUCUCCGAGGUAUCCGGGGAUUCGGAGUCCGAGUCUCUGUCAAUCUGGAACGAGGAAAUGGAGGCUCUGGAAGCCAUUUUUGAGCCCGAAAGACUGUCGGUUGCGGACGACCGAAUCAGUGUGUCUCUCAACUGUCGAAAUCUCGAAAACGGCCUGUUACAAGCCACUUUUUGGAGAUCCAAUGACUACCCGGCAUCGUUCCCUUCAAUAGCCGUAAGAGCCAUCAAAAAGGGCCACAGAUUGCCACAUUACAUCCAAUUGGCCAUUAUGCGCCGGGCAUUAGAGAUGUCACGUGACACGCUGUCUGGGGACGCGCAGAUUUGGGCCAUUUGCGAGUGGCUGGAGGACAACUGUUGUGAGAUCAUAGACAAUCCUGGCGAGCUUGCUGGGGUCAGUGGGGGUGUUGGUAUUGUCAAUCAGCCCUCUAUGGUGGUUAGAAAGGGCCAGAAUAAGUCUCGACCCAUUCCCAAGGCUCAACUAAACACCAAACAAAUCCAGGAGAGUUUUGUAAAGCGAUUUGUUGGUGGGGAAUGGGACAAGAUGAAGAAGAGCAGACAGUCGUUGCCGGCAUGGGAAAAGCAGCGGGAUGUCAUUGAUGCUCUUUCUGCCAGUCAGAUUGUACUGGUGACCGGAGAAACCGGUUCCGGUAAGUCCACCCAGACUGUUCAGUUCAUUCUGGACCAUAUGGUGUCCACCACCAGCACGACGCCCAACAUCAUCUGUACACAGCCUCGACGAAUUUCCGCCAUGGGUUUGGCUGAACGAGUGGCUGCGGAACGAAUGUCUGAACUCGGUACCGAGGUUGGUUACAUCAUCAGAGGCGAAAACAAGACUUCCAAGGAAACACUUUUGCGGUUUGUGACUACUGGAGUGCUGCUGAAGAUGAUCCAGGGCGAUUUCAAGACUUCUCUGAGCAAUGUGACUCACGUGGUGGUAGAUGAGGUCCAUGAACGGUCUGUCGAUGGUGAUGUAUUGCUCAUCCUUCUCAAGAGUCUUCUGACAGUGUUCCCGCAUCUCAAGAUUGUGCUCAUGUCUGCCACGGUCGACUCAAACACAUUCAUCAACUACUUUGGGGGCCACGGCAAGGUCGGUCACGUGCACAUUGAGGGCAGAACAUUCCCAGUCGACGACGUAUACCUCGACGGAGUUAUUGAACAGAGCAACUACGGAGAAGGAGAGCCGGUCAACAAAAUCAUCACCAAACUCGGCGAGGGAGUCAACUACCAGCUGCUGAGUCAUCUCAUCAGUCACGUGGACACCCAACUCACGGCGCAGUCAUCCAAGGGAGGAGUGCUCAUUUUCCUGCCCGGAGUGGCCGAAAUCUCGCAAUGUUGCGCGGUGCUGAGUCAGCUGGGCACCUGUCACGUGAUUCCGCUCCACUCCGGGCUCUCGCCUCAGCAGCAGCGGCUGGUUUUUUCGACUCCGCCCAGGGGCAAGCGCAAGGUUGUUGUUGCCACUAAUAUUGCCGAGACGUCGAUCACCAUUCCGGAUAUUGUGGCUGUGGUGGACUCUGGGCGUGUCAAGGAGACGGUUUAUGAUGCUGAGAACAACAUUGUGCGUCUUGUGAGCACGUGGGUAUCUCAGGCCGCUGCCAAGCAGCGUCGUGGACGAGCUGGACGAGUUUCUCGAGGCACCUGCUACAAAAUGUACACUCAGCAGGCGGAGCAGGGCAAAAUGCCGGAGCGAACUGUGCCUGAAAUGUCUCGGACUCCGUUGGAGCAGCUGUAUUUGUACGUCAAGAGCAUGAAUGUUGGCGAUGUUGGCAAGUUUCUGUCUCGGGCCAUUGAUCCUCCUUCUGUGACUGCCAUUUCCACCGCCCAGUCCAUCCUGACCAAUAUGGGGUGUAUUUCGGUGUCUGGAGCUCUGACUGCGUUGGGAAAGCACAUGUCGAUGAUUCCUGGAGACCUCAAGGUGGCCAAGUUGCUGAUUAUCGGCUCGGUUCUCGGCUGUUCCAAGCUCAUGUUGGCGGUGGCUGGAGUUCUUUCUGUCAAGUCGCCAUUUCUGAGUCUGGCCGAUAAGAGAGACGACAUCAAGGCGAGUCGGAGCCAGUUUUCGACCGGAAAUGGCGACCUGUUGACCGAUGCCACUGCCUAUCUUGAAUGGGAGGCCCGCAAACACGUGAAAACCACCCGGCUGUGGUGCAAGGAGAACUUUCUGUCCUCCGAAGUGCUCUACAACAUUGACAGUACCGUCAAGCAGUUUUCCGAGAUUCUGCGCAACCUCAACUACUCCAUCAACGGCACCAACACCUCCAACAACCUGGCCCGAGCCGUCAUUGCCUCGUCUCUCAAUCAGCAGAUUGCCAAGGUGCGCCAUCCGGACAAGAAGUUCUCGCAGCUGGCGUCGGGAGCUGUUCAGGUCGAUCCCGAAGCUCGAGAGUACAAGUAUUAUCUUCAGAACGAGCGGGUUUUUAUCCACCCGUCCUCCACGGCGUUUUCUGAACGAAAUCUGCCCCAGGAGGCCUGCUUCAUGGCCUACUUUACCCGCAUGGAGACCUCCAAGGUGUUUCUGAGAGACGUGACGCCAGUGUCAAAGUACGCCAUGCUGCUAUUUGGAGGCAAGCUGGACAUUGACUACACCGGGCGAGGCGUGGUGAUCAGCGACUGGCUCCAGAUCACGUGCUGGCCCCGAAUCGGAGUGCUGGCGGCCAAAUUGAGACAGCUGCUGGAGGAGGGGCUUCAACGCAAGUUUGACAAUCCCCGGGAGGAGCUGGAUCCAGAGCUGGUUAACACGGUGGUCAAGCUUCUGGAGACCGAUGGUUUGUAA